AUGGCUAAAAAAAGCAAUAAUUACACUUUCCAUAAAGAUUUCUAUAUCAUUGCUUUUUCCAGAGAUGCAAGCCUACCAAUUAUGCUUUUCCUUUUUGUUUUAUUUAUGUAUUUAGUAUCUGCACUUGGAAACAUGCUUAUCACAGUACUUGUAUGUCUGUCACCCAGGCUACACACUCCCAUGUACUUCUUCCUCUGUAAUCUGUCAUUGCAGGACAUAGUUUAUAUUUCCUCCAUCCUACCAAAGCUUCUGGCCAUCACAAUAACAGGUGACACCAGUAUAUCAUUCCCAGGAUGCCUCACACAGAUAUUUAUGUUUAUAUGUUGCCUAAAUACAGAAUUUUUCCUUCUGACCUCCAUGGCUUACGACCGUUACCUGGCCAUUUGCAAACCACUUCACUAUUCUCUCAUUAUGAACAACAGGCUGUGCUCCCUGAUUAAUAUUUCCUGUUGGAUUGUUGGUGCACUAAAUGGACUGAUGUAUUCAUUCCUAACAUCUAAAUUAUCAUUCUGUAAAUCUCAAGAAAUUAAUCAUUUUUUCUGUGAAGUUAAAAAAUUGUUGAACAUCUCUUGUAAUGACACUACAUAUAUCAUUAGUAUUAUAUUUAUUGAAGCAUUAUGUAUUGGGGUUUUACCAUUUGUAUUUAUACUAAUAUCCUACAUUUUUAUCAUAUCUACUGUCCUGAAGAUUCACACUGUGGCAGGAAGACUUAAAACCUUCUCCAGCUGUUUUUCACACCUGGUUAUUGUUUUAUUACUCUAUGGGACAACUCUUGGGUUUUACAUGAAAACAGACAAUGAAAAUACUGAAAAGCAAGACAAAUUUAUUUCCCUGUUAUACAUAGCUGUGGUUCCAAUGUUAAAUCCAUUGGUGUACAGUUUGAGGAACAGAGAGGUUUUAAAAGCAGUGAAGAAUAUUUUGACAAAACCUUUAGGUAUAGAUAAGUACAUAGGGUGUCAGUAA